UCGGCUAUUGUAGCCGAGCACGUUGUAGCCUAGUCAAGCCAGUCGUUCGCUUUUCGAUCCUUGUUGUUUUGUUCUCUGUCGGCUUUUUUUGUUUCAUUCCGUAAUGUCGCAUAUUUUAGUCAAGUGGGCGUCGACCGAACAGUGGGAUGUGUAUGAGACUAGACGCAUGGUCGAUGUAGCCACUGCCACAUCGAUUAUGAAAGAUGCUACUGUGGUGGAGGCUUUAGUCGGCAAAACCUUCAAGGUGCUUUGGAAGGAUGGAGACGAGGCAUGUGACGCAUACCUGGUGGCUGCUGGUGAGGCAGACAAAAUGGAAAGAAAGAGGACGAAGUUAGCCACACGUGCAGAACGCAACCCUUUGACAAAGAAAACGCCAUGCUGUGACCACGUGUCACAAAUCGAAGCCCUCAUGGCGGAAAAUGCAGUCCUGAAAGAACGGCUUCGAGAACACAAAGAUUUAAUCGACACUUCCAAAAUGCUUAAAAAGCUGCAGCGGGCUGUUGACAAGUUGACAUCAGCUUCUGAAGGGGCAAAGCCUGCCGAGCCUGAAGAGAACACGCAACGAGAUAUUGGUGGAGGCGUCAUGGUGUCUCAGGCCACACUGACGAGGCUGGAACAAACCUACCAUGAUGCUCCAUGCAAAUUUUCAAGGGCACUGAUUAGGGUGCUUUUCACUGAUGAGGAGCUUGCCAACAAGACACUUUUUGGCCGGCAGGCAAACAGCCAUAAAGAAAACAAGGUGAAACCAGCCUUGGACCAGACGAGGGUCUCUGCACUCCUUGAGUAUUCUUUUAAUGUCUGGAUGUUGCUGUGUCUUAUUGGCUCUCCAUGGUUUAUUGUUGCCAAUACAGUGCUGCAUUCUUCACCUGUUUCACCUUGAAACAGAAUACAAAUGCAGCAGAUUCAAGUGCUCAGAUGUGAAAGUAAAGAGAAGCCUGGGCUCUAUGCUGCAAAAAAUGGGAGCAAGGAAUGACGCCUGUUUCGAGGAAUGAAGUGCUGGAAAAGAGGUCCUACUACUUCAUUGUUCAUUGUGCUGUGACAGGCACUGGCAAAUAAGGUUAGUAGAAAAAAAACACAUUUUUUCCCCACUAACUGCUAGUGCCUGUCACAGCACAACAAACAGUG